GGCCCGCGCCUUUGCACCGUGCUCCAUGCAUCCGGAGCCCGCCCCGCCCCCGAACAGCAACAGCCCCGAGCUUCCCCUCAGCGGCGGCAGCACCACCAGCGGCAGCCGCCGGAGCCGCCGCCGCAGCGGGGACGGAGAGCCCCCGGGGUCGCCGCCGCCGCCAGCCGCCGUCACCUACCCGGACUGGAUCGGUCAGAGUUACUCCGAGGUGAUGAGCCUCAACGAGCACUCGAUGCAGGCGCUGUCCUGGCGCAAGCUCUACUUGAGCCGCGCCAAGCUCAAAGCCUCCAGCCGGACCUCUGCUCUGCUCUCCGGCUUCGCCAUGGGCCUGCCAUCCUCCCUGGGGCCGGGAUUUUGCCCUCCUACUUCCUGCGCUCUCUCCAGCGGAGCCUCAAGAUCCUUCAAGCACAUAGUGGCGAUGGUGGAGGUACAGCUGGACGCCGACCAUGACUACCCACCGGGGCUGCUCAUCGCCUUCAGCGCCUGCACCACGGUGCUGGUGGCCGUGCACCUGUUCGCGCUCAUGAUCAGCACCUGCAUCCUGCCCAACAUCGAGGCGGUGAGCAACGUGCACAACCUCAACUCGGUCAAGGAGUCGCCCCAUGAGCGCAUGCACCGCCACAUCGAGCUAGCCUGGGCCUUCUCCACCGUCAUCGGCACGUUGCUUUUCCUGGCCGAGGUCGUGCUGCUCUGCUGGGUCAAGUUCUUGCCCCUCAAGAAGCAGCCGGGGCAGCCCCGGCCCACCAGCAAGCCCACGGCCGGUGGCGCAGUGGCCAGCGUCAACAGCAGCACCGGCGGCAUCACCCCGGGCCAGGCUGCUGCCAUCGCCUCUACUACCAUCAUGGUCCCCUUCGGCCUGGUCUUUAUCGUCUUUGCCGUCCACUUCUACCGCUCGCUGGUCAGCCAUAAGACGGACCGACAGUUCCAGGAGCUCAACGAGCUGGCUGAGUUUGCCCGCCUGCAGGACCAGCUGGACCACAGAGGGGAUCACCCCCUGACACCCGCCAGCCACUAUGCGUAAGCCCUUCUGGGCUCGGGCACGUCAGGUCUCUGGCCUUACGCCGCUCCCCACGGCCUCGCCCUGCCCCAGCCUCAAGGACAGCGAGCUCAGAGGAUUGGGCUUUUGUAAGGGGGCAGAGAGUGGAGGGAAGAGGCUUUUUUUUUUUUUUUUUAAGAGAAACGACUGCACUUUGAAACUUUCCUCUGAGAGAAUAAGCGGUUCCUGUUCUUCCAGCUUCGGGUUCACCUCCUGGUAGGAGGCCACCAGUGGGAGCCAGGGUGGGGACAAACGCUCCCUUUGUCCCUCCUCCUCCCUGUGCCCCUGCCACUUGGAUGCUUCUUGUCUUUUCAGUCUUGACCUCCCUCCCCGUUCGGUGUCGUGUGUGUGUGUGUGUGUGUGUGUGCGUGUGCACGCGUGUGUGUGCAUGCACGUGUAUGUGCACGCACAUAAAUAUACUCAUAAGGGACA